AUGGCUUGUGUAGACAAUGUCUGAAAAAAACUGAAUGUUGUAUACUGAAUGGAUAAAUUAUCCCUGUCUGGAUUCGUGUUGUUUUCAACAGCAAUGGGUCGUCAAAGACAAAGAGCAAGUGUGUUCAUUCCUUGCGUCGCGCUGCUUUGUUUAGCUGACUGGUCUGCAGCGCAGAUAUCCUACUCCGUAUCGGAGGAGGUUGACAAAGGGACAUUCGUGGGGAAUCUUGCAAAGGAUUUAAAUCUUAACUUACAGGAACUGGAUUCUAGGAGUCUUAGGAUCGUUUCUGGACACAGUAAAACAUACUUUGAUGCGGAUUUAAAAACUGGAAUAGUUUACGUCAACGAGAGGAUAGACAGAGAGGAGCUCUGUCCGAACACGGUAAAGUGCUCGUUAAACAUUGAGGCAAUAUUAAACAAUCCUAUGCAUCUCAGUCGCAUUGAAGUUAAUAUUUUAGACAUAAAUGAUAACACUCCAUAUUUCCUAGAAGAACUACACUUACUGAAUAUAACUGAAGCUGCAUACCCUGGUGAAAGGUAUCCUCUGCCGAUAGCAAACGACGCAGAUACUGGAACUAACGCCAUCAAAAGCUACAAUCUGAGCCCAAAUGAACAUUUCACAUUGGAUAUACAAAGCGGGGGAGAGCAAAGUCUGUCUGCCGAGUUAGUGUUACAAAAAGCUCUGGACAGAGAGAAACAGCCGGUGAUUCAGCUCAUUUUGACUGCUCUAGAUGGAGGAAAACCUCAUAGAACAGGGACUUUACAGAUCACUAUAUAUGUAGAAGAUGUUAAUGACAAUGUGCCUACGUUUAGCAAGCCGCUUUACAAGGUUAGUGUUCCUGAAAAUGUUUCAUUAGGAACACAAAUAUUACGGCUGACCGCUACAGACCUUGACGAAGGUAUAAAUGGCGAGAUUGUGUAUUCUCUGGUAGGGCGAGGUGGUUCAAGAAAUGCGGAUGCAUUUGCUAUCCAUCCAGAAACCGGCGUGAUAACAGUUAAGGUUAAUUUAGAUUACGAAGAGACGGCUGCUUAUGAAAUCAGAGCAGAGGCCAUGGAUCGCGGACAUUCAUCAAGGAAAACAUAUUGUAAAAUUUUAGUUGAUCUCGUAGAUGUUAACGACAAUGCCCCUGAAAUCACGGUGACGUCACUCAUGAGCCCAGUAAAAGAGGAUUCUGAGAUAGGCACAGUGGUCGCUUUGGUGACAGUGUCAGACAAGGACGCAAAACAGAAUGGCCUCACCAAGUGUAGCUUAGUUGGGCCUGUACCUUUUAAAUUGAAGUCCAAUUAUAAGAACUAUUAUUCUUUAGUUGUUGACGGGUCUCUGGACAGAGAAAGUGUCUCUCAGUAUAGCGUCAGAAUCACAGCUACGGAUGAAGGCACUCCACCGCUCUCCAGCACCAGCAUUUUUACUGUACACGUGUCUGAUGUCAAUGAUAACGCACCACGCUUCUCAGAACCGCUGAUUAAUGUUUAUGUUAAAGAGAACAGUCCAGUUGGAGCUGUCAUAAACACAAUGACUGCUUUGGAUCCAGAUCUGCAUGAAAAUGCUAAAAUAACAUAUUCAUUGUUGGACAGUUUUUCGACAAUAAUCUCAAUAAUGUCUGCUGUAAAUGUGAACUCAGAGACUGGAGAAAUAGUCAGCCUGCAGUCUUUUAACUAUGAGGAGUUAAAAUCGUUCCAGUUUAAAGUUCAGGCCACAGACUCUGGUGUCCCUCCGCUCAGCAGCAACGUCACCGUUAACGUUUUUAUCCUGGAUGAAAAUGACAACAGUCCCGGAAUUCUUGCACCCUAUUCUGAGCACGGCUCUGUUAACUCUGAAAACAUUCCAUACUCUGCUGAAGCGGGCUACUUUGUGGCCAAGAUCAGGGCUGUAGAUGUAGACUCAGGCUACAAUGCGCUGCUUUCUUAUCAAAUCUCUGAGCCCAAAGGAACCAACCUCUUCCGCAUUGGAACCAGCACAGGAGAGAUACGGACUAGGAGGCGAAUGAGUGACAAUGACCUGAAAACUCACCCGUUGGUGGUGUUGGUUUCUGACAACGGAGAGCCUUCACUGUCAGCGACGGUGUCUAUUGAUGUAGUGGUGGUUGAAAGCACAGGUGAAAUCCAGACUCAAUUCAGACAUGUGCCAGUAACGGAUGAAAGUUUCUCUGAUUUAAACCUGUAUUUGUUUAUCGCCAUUGCCUCGGUGUCAGUGAUCUUUUUAAUGAGUCUUAUCAGUUUAAUAGCUGUAAAAUGCCACAGGACAGAGGGCACUUUCAACGGAUACAGCCCUCCAAUGAUCACCACACAUCCUGACGGGACCUGGUCAUACUCUGAAACAACUCAGCAGUAUGACGUGUGUUUCAACUCAGACACACUGAAGAGUGACGUGGCGGUGUUUCCUGCACCGUUUCCACCUGUAGAUUCAGAGUUGAUCAGUAUUAAUGAAGGAGACACUUUUAACCGGACCCAAACAUUACCCAACAAAGAAAAGGUAUGUAAAGCAGGCUAUGUUAGUCAACAUGAUGUGAUCGAAGUCCUAGUGUCCUUAACAUUGUGA